CUCGAACAUAUAUUGGAAAAAAACUGCAACCAGACCAGAAGUCAUCAAUAGAAUUUGACUGAGACUGACAGGAGAUCGGCCAUGACGUCUACCGGAUGGGCCGGAGACGGCGACAUGUUGACCGUCGAGCGGAAAGACAUACCGUCUGCCAGCUGCAUGGCGGUCAGCCGGGACGGGCAGCACGCGCUGCUGGCCAGCCGGCGGCUGCUGGUGCUGGUCGACCUGCAGCGGCCCGACCACCACCUGCGCGCGCUCAGCUGGCACAGCAAGUACGACGCCGGGAGUGCCGCGUGGAGCCGCGCCGCGGCGCAGGGCGGCGCCGACCUGGCCGUCACGUACAACACGGCGGUGGAGGUUUUCCGCUGCUCGGGCGGCGACAUCCGCUCCACGGGAAAGCUGCAGUCUCACCGACGCACCAUCACCGACCUGGACUGGCACUGGAGCGAGCCGCUGCUGGCCACCUGCAGCGUCGAUACCAACGUCCACCUGUGGGACGUGAGGGAGCCCCGCCGGCCCGUCGCCACCAUGCGCUCCGUCGAGAGCGCCUGCCAGGUAAAGUGGAAUCGGAUCUCGAGUCAGACACUGGCCAGCUCGCACGAGGGCGACAUUCGCGUCUGGGACCGGCGCAAGCUCAGCAUCCCAGAGCGCUACAUAUCGGCACACACGGCCAAAAUACACGGCCUCGACUGGUCACCCAACUCGGAGUCUCAACUGGCCACGGCCAGUCAGGACAUGUACGUCAAGUUCAUCGACGUCACCAACCCCCGCAACAUCGUCAGCAUGCCCAAGGCCAAGGAUCCCGUCUGGCGCGCCCGCUACACGCCGUUCGGCAGCGGCCUGGUGACGGUGGCGGUGCCGCAGCUGCGGCGCGGAGACAACUACUGCCUCUGUCUGUGGAACACGGCCAGCCUGGCCGCCCCGCAGCACACGUUCGCAGGUCACUCGGACGUGGUGCUCGAGUUUGACUGGCGACAGCCCGACCCAUCACAGAUCAGAGACGACUGCGAGUACGAACUGUUGACGUGGUCCCGGGACCAGACGCUGCGUCUUUGGCCGCUGAAGGCCGACCUGCUGCAGGCGUGUGGCCACGAGCUGGUGCACGGCGUCAGCGGACUGGACACGGACCACGCCGCCUCGCCGACCACCGACGGUAUGGAGACCAGCUGCAUCGAGCUGACCUCCCAGGAGCAGUCGGCGGCCGACAGCGGCCCCGGCAGCGGGCCCGUGUCGCCGCCCGUCUCCCCGCAGCGGCCGGCGCCGCCACGUAUCUGGCGAGCCAUCAGCGAGGGGCCGCCCGCCUCACUCGAGCAGGAGUUCCUCAUGAUCAACAAAAACAUCGACAACGUGCGCAUCGAAAAGAUGAGCGCCGAGGAGCGGUGCUGCACCGUCUCCGUAGUCUGUGGCUCCGUCUCCGCCUGCCUACGGGUCACCUUCCCACUGAGCUACCCCAGCCAACAGCCCGAGUUUCGGUACCUGGAGGGCACCCGGCUCAGCGCCGCCGACCGACAGCACGUCAAAAAGGCCUGGGAGCUCACCGCCGAGCAGCACGUGAAGCGCAACCGCAGCUGCCUGGAGCCGUGCCUGCGGAACCUGGCGGCCAGCCUCCAGCGGCUGAUGGAGCGCCAGGAGGAGACGGCGCCAUCACUCUACCCGGCGCCGAGUACCACUCUCUUCCCGUCGGCCAACCUCUACGGCAGCUUCAAAGACGUCAACGUGGCAUUUCCGCGCACCUCGGGAGCCAGGUUCUGCGGCAACGGUAUGCUGGUGGUGUUUGCGUGUCCGGCCUACAUGAAGCGGCUGUCGUCGCGCGGCGAGGGCGUCACGCCGCGCUCGCUGUCGGCGCUGGACGCCUACCUUAUCAACUACGCGCAGGGCGCCUCAUACGCGCUGGCCGGCGCCCGGCUGGCCGCCUCGCCGAUGCUAUUCCCGUCCCUGUCGCGCAGCCCGACCGGCGCCGACGGACCGCUCUACGGCAAGGAGGCGGUGCGUCUGGGCACAUCGUCUCUGGGCCGCCGUCCCAAGGCGUACGGGGAGGAGAGGGCCCGGCCGCGCCACCCGCGAACACACACCAACAUGGUACUGUGCUACGACGCCAGUCGUCUGAUGCCGCUCAACAGGGAGCUGGCUGAACGAUACCUUUUGGGUGGACAGGACUUCAGUGGCAUGUGCAGCGCCAACGCCAGCCUGGCGGCGUCCGUGGGCAGAAAGGACCUGGAGAAGGUAUGGAACCUGAUCGGCCUGGUGGGCGACCCGGGCCUGGUGGGCUCCAACGCCGACCCGGACGCCGGCCGGCCCUGGGCGCAGCACCCGUUCGGACGCCGCCUCGUCGAGUCCGUUAUCUCUCACUACCUGAAGAUGCGCGACGUACAGACAGUGGCCAUGCUGUGCUGUCUGCUGGGGACGCGCGCCCAGCAGCCCAGCUCCUCCGUCCGACAGCAGGCCGUCGCCCAGCUCGACUCGGGCAGCCUGCCCGUACCCAACAAAUGGUGGAUGAAGCUGGGAUUGGUGAAGAAGCCGGGCGAGUCGCCGUACCACACGGUCCACCCUACCGAGACUCGCCGCCACCCGACGCUCGAGGGGCUCGGCGUCAACGUGUCGCGCCAGAACCGCAGCAACUCGUGGUCGGAUGUGCUGGACGAGAGUCGAUUGGCGGCGCCCGAGCCCGGCGCCAUCGAACAGCGCUUCCAGCAUGACAACAACCGACGGCUCCUGGACCCCGCUCGUCAGGCCGAGUUUGAUCGAUACAAACGGAUUUACGCCGACAUCCUGUACCGGUGGCAGCUGACCAACCACCGGGCACAGGUGCUCAAGUACGUGAGCACGGUGCCGGUGGCGCACUGCGGCCUGGAGGUACGCUCCGAGUGCUCCCGCUGCGGGCGCACGUUCGCCGGCUCCGAGUGCCCGCUGUGCCGCCGGUGCACCAUCGUCUGCGUCAUCUGCCACGUCUCCGUCAAAGGUAUGUCGUCCUUUUGUCUGGUGUGCGGCCACGGCGGUCACCUGCUACACAUGCUGCAGUGGUUCCGCGACCAGCUGCUCUGUCCGACCGGCUGCGGCUGCCGCUGCGCAGAGAGCCUCCAGCAGUGAGGGGUCGAGACGUACGGACCCACACCAGCUGCUCCGUGAGUCUCCAGCAGUGACAGCUACAAACCAGCUGCUCAGAGUCUCGAGCAGUGACCGGUACAGCUGCUCAGAGAGUCUCCAGCAGUGAUCAAAAAGCGCGAACUGCUGUCCUGUUUGGACACUUCUCCGGCGUCCCACAAGCUUCAAGUGUAUAAUUUGUGAGUUUUGGCGUAUUACUCUAUUUGUAUGUGUAUAUUGGCGGGCCGUUUGUAGUUGGCUCUUCGUACAAGGCUGUGCUGUGUGAGAUGACAGAAUGGAGACGUCGCAAAAUCUUAAACGCAACGUAUGCGUAACUACUGAGCGUAUAUUUAUGGGGCAGACAUGUGUCUGUAACGUGAUUUAGCGUGAAGGAAAGGAAAGCUGUCACGGCUACAGACAGUUAUUGGGAUGAUGCAAGAAGUAUUCUUUUGAACGCUGUUUACCUGGGCAGUGAUUAUCCUCGAUGGGAAUAUAUGUAAAUGCUG